AUGAGAGGGCAUUGGCCCAUAUGCCGCUCCGGCUCGGCGCUGCGGCUACUUGAGGGCCCUCAGCCGUUGCAAGACGCGAUGGCCAGCUGGGCAGAGGAGGUGCAAACGUACCAGCAUGAGAGACGGGUGAAACUGCACCCGGACCUGUUCAAAGGCCCCACUGUCGGCUAUGUGCGGGGGGAGACCAGCAAGCGCGAGCGGAGCUUCAACCCACUGCUGGGACGAUUCCUGGACCCUCAACGGGAGCAGGAGCAGCAGAGCUUCGAGGACGAGACCAAGCGGGGCUUCCUGAACCUGGCGCGGGACGUGCAGCUGCGACGGGAGGCGCCCUUCGACCUCGUGACCCACGAGAGGAAGUUCCAAGCUUUGGUGCCGCAGCAUCAAGACCCUGGCUUUGAAAAGGAGCCCAAGCGGCCCUUUCCUGGCACGGCAGCGGACUACAACAUCAUCUCCAACGUGUCCUUUGAUCAACACCAUUGGGCCCAUCCGGAUGAACGGCCCGUGCCGAAGGACCGUGUGCCUAAAAAGCGCCUCAUCCCAGCCAUGCUGCACAAGGACUUCAACAUCCUGACCAACCGCUACCGUGAGCACCAUGAGGCCAAGAUCGCGAGGGAUCAGGAGCUCAACCUCUUAGAGGCAGCCGACAAGCUCCGGAAGACCAAGCCCUUUGACCCCGUGCAGCAGAAGUUCUGUGACGAGGACAUGGAGAACCGCAUGCGGGCCUGUCAAGAUGCCUUGACCACGGAGAUCAAGCUACGGGGCGAGGAGGUGCUCCGAGAGCCGUCCAGUGUCGGAUGUCUCUGA